UCGCGCCGCCGCCGAGCUCCGGCGCCCCCGGGCGGGGCGGAGGGCGGCGCCCGGCAAGUUGGGCGCUGAGGCGAGGGCGCCGCUUCCUCCUCGCCCCGCCGGCGGUCGCCGCCGCGCUCCGCGCCCAGCAUGGACAGCAAGCCGCUGCUGCAGGAGCGGCCGCCCGCCUACAGCCCCGCCGCGCCGGGCGCGGGCUACGACUACGGGCAGAGCAACUACGGCGCCAUCCCCGCCCCGCAGCCCGGCUGAUAUGCUGUUCCUCCACCGCCAUCGCAGCCGAACUACUCGAGCACAUACACCAUCAUUCAGCAGCCGGCUACCACCACUUCCGUAGUAGUAGUUGGAGGCUGUCCCGCCUGCAGGGUUGGCGUGUUGGAGGACACCUUCACCUGUCUCGGUGUUCUGUGUGCCAUUGUAUUCUUUCCAAUCGGGAUUCUGUUCUGUCUUGCACUGAGGCAGCGAAGAUGCCCUAAUUGCGGGGCGGCUUUUGGCUAAGUGGGAUGAACGUGGAUGUGCUAUGGAAGCUACAACUGUUAGCGUACUCUUUCUAAUGUAAAUGUCAUGUACAAUCAUUUUAUUUGCUUCAGACCUGUUUUGUAAAGUGUGAAGAAACUUAGUCUCUUGCAUGUAAUUUAAACUUAAUCUUUUAUGAGCAUGUGCAUUGCAAAACAUGAAAACCAAACUUGUUUUCCAUGUUUAGUGGCACCUCUUGAAAACUAAAUAAAACUGCUUUUCCUUUUGCAAUCCUCAA